ACGAGUUCCUGUCUCCCUCCACCCACAAUCAGAGCUCAUUUCCAGACGCGUUUCUUCCCAGGCUUGGGAGUGAGCCGAUGGCCCACGUUCGAGAGGCGUCCCGGUCCUCCCGCUCCGUCGCCAGUUGGAGUUCGGGAGCAGGUCGAGGAGCCUGUUUGGAGCAGGAGGCAGAGAAAGCAGCGAGAAUGGAGCAGACGAUGCGGGGUACACAGGGAGCCCAGGAGAUGCAGCCGGAGCCGUGGCCGGAGCCAAAGCCCUUGUCGGAGAACUUAACAAGGAGGGGCAGUGGCAGCGAGGAGAAGGUGCUCCCUUCCAGCCAGGCUGCUUGUCACACCAGCUCGGUUUGCCCGCGCCGCAAGCCCCGCCCUCGGCCCCAGCCCAGGUCCCGCUCCCGGGGAGGGCGUGGGCUAAAGGCCCCACCCCCGCCUCCCGCCAAACCUCCGCCUCCCCCGCCAGCGCCGCCACCUCCACCCCCGCCCACGACGCGGUCGGUGGCCUGGCGCAAAUCCAGGCGUAGGUCCAGGCCCAGACCUAGACCCCAAACACGCAAAACCUGCUCUAAUGGCCAAGGCUGUUCUGGGGAUCCAGAGGGCUCAGAGAACAGGUUGCUGGAGGUGGGGUCUGAUAAGGGUCCCACAGGCUGCCCACAUAUAGAAAGCUUAAAAGUAGCUAAAAACUGGCGGAAGAACCUGCGAAUGAUCUAUCAGCGUUUCAUUUGGAGCGGGACACCGGAGACUAGAAAACGUAAGGCAAAGUCCUGCAUAUGUCGUGUGUGUAAUACCCAUAAGAACAGACUUCACUCCUGUCUCUCCUGUGUGUAUUUUGGAUGCUUUACUGAGAAGCAUAUCCAUAUUCACGCAGAGACAAAGCAACACAAUUUAGCAGUCGACCUCUAUCAUGGCGUUAUAUAUUGCUUUAUGUGUAAGGAUUAUGUAUAUGACAAUGACAUAGAGCAGAUUGCCAAAGAAACAAAGGAGAAAAUUCUGGGACUGCUAACUUCCACCGCGGUAGAUGUUUCCUCUCAACAGAGUAUGACCUUGGAGGCUGAAGAAAAUCAAUCAACCUGUGAGUCGAAAGAACAGGAGACCACAGUGGUAAAACCCAAGAAAAAGAGGAGGAAAAAGACAGAAUAUUAUACCGUAGGCCUCAGAGGGUUAAUUAAUCUUGGGAACACUUGCUUUAUGAAUUGUAUUGUCCAGGCGCUUACCCAUACUCCACUACUGAAAGAUUUCUUCCUUUCUGACAAGCACAAGUGUACAAUGACAAGCCCCAGCUUAUGCUUGGUCUGUGAAAUGUGCUCGCUUUUUCAAGCGAUGUACUCGGGGAGCCAAAGUCCUCAUAUUCCGUAUAAAUUGCUGCACCUGAUUUGGAUUCAUGCUGAACAUCUAGCUGGGUACAGACAGCAGGAUGCCCAUGAGUUUCUUAUUGCAAUGUUAGACGUGCUGCAUAGACACAGCAAAGAUGAUAGCAUCGAGCAGGAAGGUAACGCCAACUGCUGUAAUUGCAUCAUAGACCAAAUCUUUACAGGUGGCUUGCAGUCAGAUUUAACAUGUCAAGUUUGUCAUGGUGUCUCUACAACUAUCGACCCAUGUUGGGACAUCAGUUUGGAUUUGCCUGGCUCUUAUACCUCAGACAGGGCUAGUAGCACAGCGAGUAGGAAUGGCCCCAAACCAGGAGUUCCCUCACUUACAGAUUGCCUACAGUGGUUUACAAGGCCAGAGGACCUGGGAAGCAGUGCCAAAAUCAAAUGCAGUCACUGCCAAAGCUACCAGGAAUCUACCAAACAGCUUACAAUGAAGAAAUUACCAAUCGUGGCCUGUUUUCAUCUGAAACGAUUUGAACAUUUAGGCAAACAGAGACGCAAGAUUAAUACUUUUAUCUCAUUUCCUUUGGAGCUGGACAUGACACCCUUUUUGGCUUCUACUAAAGAAAGCAUAAUGAAAGGCCAGCCAUUAGCAGACUCUGUGCCCAGUGAGAAUAAGUAUUCUUUGUUUGCAGUGAUUAACCACCAUGGAACUUUGGAAAGUGGUCAUUAUACCAGCUUCAUACGUCAGCAGAAAGACCAGUGGUUUAGCUGUAAUGAUGCCAUUGUCACCAAGGCCACAAUGGAAGAGUUACUCUAUAGUGAAGGGUAUUUACUGUUCUAUCACAGGCAGGAUAUAGAGAAAGAAUGAUCUCAUCCAGAAUGCUUUUCAGAAAAACUAAGAGCAAGAAUCCUGCAGUGAUAGACAAGCCUACCUGGAAUGGACAAUUGGAAUGCUUUCACAACAGCAAGCACCUCUAAAAGAAACACACAAAUCUACCUGGAGUAGACAGUGACCAUAACACCUAUAUGACAAGUAACACUUUGGCAUAAAGGAACUAUUUUACCCUGUUCCAUAGGUCUAUGGAAAGAAACCGUUGACCAGUGACCAUUUCGCCUUAAGAACUGGGAGGAGGGGAGGAAAGGUUGAAAGGGGUCACAAAGCAUAUUAAAUGAAGUCUCAAGGUGGAGGGAGGUGCAGAUAAUCUGAAAUUUUUAUGUGCUUCUUGUUUCUUCAAAGAUAAUGUGUUAAGUGU